GCUCGUUCAUGUAGACCAGAGUGUGUUUGCUUGAAGGAAAUCACUGGUCUCCAGUGACGGAGACCCCCCAGAGGCAACGUGGGCUCGGUGCAGCUGUGGAGUAUAAAAGCAGCACAGAUUCCGAGGAAUAGAGAACAUGGUUGUGCUACGUAACAAGGAGGCUGCUGGUCUGGAGGGAGGAAUUUCUCUGUGUUCUUUGUAACUGCAUGACAGGAAGUCACUUUCAGGUAAACAGCUUGUGUUUGUCUGGAACAACACAAGACGAGAGAAAACAUAUAUAACAGCUGGAUGAUUUUCUUUUGGAAAGUAUCACAAAUUUUGACAAUCCAACACAAAUUGUCAAAAUCUGAGUGUCGCUGAUCAACUCCAUGGAUCUUCAACGUGUUGUGUCAGGCGAAGAAGGGACAUCUGGCCCAGAGCGCAGCUGUGAUGUUGACRAUGCAGCACCUCACAUCCCCGGGCGUGGAGGCCUCCUCUGAACGCGCCGUCAUGGAGUCCGACACGCACUGUCCACACAACGGCACGUCUCAGAACCCGGCGUCCGCCAGCCUCAACAUGACCCUGGGCAUCGUCUUCAACGUGGUGGCCCUCGUUAUUCUGGUCAAGGCUUACAAUCGCUUUCGCCGGAGGUCCAAGGCCACUUUUCUGCUCUUUGCCAGCUCCCUGGUGGCCACAGAUCUGGCCGGACACGUCGUCUCCGGAGCGCUGGUGCUGAGGAGGUACACGGCGAGCUCUAAAAGUAAUUACACGUUUAAGGGGGACCCUGCGAACCCAGACGCGCCCUGUCAGUUUCUGGGAGGCUGCUUGGUGUUUUUCGGCCUGUGCCCGCUCUUCCUGGGUUGCGCCAUGGCUGCCGAGCGCUGCCUGGGCGUCACCCGGCCUCUGCUGCACGCUCGUCUGGUGACCACGGCCAGAACCAAAAUAGCCCUGUCCAUGAUCUGGUUCCUGGCCCUCUGCGUGGCCCUGCUGCCCUUCUUCCACCUGGGUGACUACACCUACCAGUACCCGUGGACGUGGUGCUUCAUCCAGGUGAUGAACAACAUUAAGUCCACCGACCUGGCCUUCGUGAUGCUGUUCUCUGGACUGGCUUUCAGCUCUCUGGCUCUGGCCUUCGUCUGCAACACCAUCAGUGGGAUGACGCUGAUCCGGGCCAGGAUGAAGCAGAAGUCCAGCUCCCAGCGCUUCUCUGCCAGGUCCCACGACACGGAGAUGGUGGUUCAGCUGGUGGGCAUCAUGGUCACCUCCUGCAUCUGCUGGAGCCCCCUGCUGGUCUUUGGACUGAUUUCAGCCACACGCUCCUUCCUAAAAUCUCAGCAGAGUGUUGAGGACACCUGCAUGUACAGCAAGCUCAUGAUGACCGGCGUCAGGAUGGCAACCUGGAAUCAGAUCCUGGACCCGUGGGUCUACAUCCUGCUGCGUCGGGCCAUCCUCAGAAAAAUCUACCGCAUCACCAAAAAGCAGGUCAGCUUCAGGGGAAGCACUUUCCGUUCCGUCCGCUGGGACGCCGGCCCCCUCCAACAACCUGAGAAAAACUGUUGAAAAGACGUAAAGGAGGAAGAACUGAGAMAUGGUGUUACUGUCUGAGGGACARUCUCAUUAUUAUUAUUWUKUUGUUGUUGUUGUUUAAAAGAGAAGGUGCGUCACCCAAAUGGAUAAAUUUGGAUGGUAAAGGAAGUGAAGAUCUCAGUGUUUGCAGCUCUAAACAAAUAUGAAACAAAUAUCUCUGGUGUUUCUAUGUGUAAUCCCAAACAGGGAAGAAGCUCCGACUCAGUGAAAACUGCUACUAUGGAUACUGUCAGAGUGCAACACAGGCCUCUUUAAUGAGAGACGUCUGUGAAUCUUUUAGAAAUGUCUUUUCUGCCUUAGGCACGAGCUGGUGUGAGGUUCUGAAGGUCAGAUGUGAUGCAAUGCAACCUGUUGCUAAAAGGCUUAUAUUAAGAUUAUUUAUUUAAAAUUAUUUUAAUUAAGAUGCACAGCUUCACAUGAAGAGUAUGAGAGAACAACAGUGAAUUUGCUGAGUCAUCUUGUUUAUUUCAGGUGUUCAUUUGAAAWUUUUUUUUCAAAUUUUAAUUUAAUCAUAAAUUUCAAGGUUAAAUGCAAAGUCGGUGCAGCCAAAAUCAGAGAAACAGGCUGUUUUAAUAGGUGUUGUGAUUUGUUUUAACAAAUCACACAUAAAUGGAAGACAUGAACGAAACUGGCAAUUAGAGAAGCUCAGUUCAGUAAACAUGUUUUUGUGCAGAAUAUGCUUAUCUGGUUGUUGUGAAGUAACACUGGGAGCCUGAGGAGCUAUGGUUGGCUAGAUAAUUAGUCAGAUUUUACUAGGAAAUAGGAAUUUCUGAGUUCCAAAUCAUAAAAAUAAACUGGAACGCCCCCAAAAGUCUGAAUUUCUUCUAGGAAAGUGAGAUUCGUGGUCAUCUUCAAAAUCCAACAUGGCUGCAAGCAAUCACUGUGAUAGCUGCAGUAAUAAACUUUUAUUUUCACUUCUGUUGUUCAGUAUUAUCUUAAACCAGUCACACACACACAUACACACACGUCAUUCUAUCAUAGUGAACAUGUUAGUGUUUGAAUGCAGAGAAAUAUACUGAGUAUAUCCAUCCAUCCAUUUUUUGUACACGCUUCUUCCUUUUCAGGGUUGCGUGGGUCACUGGUGCCCAUCUCCAGCAUACUGAGUGUAUAUUACUAAUAAAAGUUAACCUGGUGGCGGAACAAGACUUUUAUGGAAGUGGUGGCAUGAGGGUGGCCAAGGCUUUGGGUGUGUGUGUGUGUGUGUGUGUGUGUGNGUGUGUGUGUGUGUGUGUGUGUGUGUGUGUGUGUGUGUGUGUGUGGGUGUGGGGGGUCUGUCUGAGACAGUUUGUUUCUCAAGCCUGGUACUCGAGGGCCACUAUCCUGUAUGUUUUACCCGUCCCCCCUGCUCUUCAACAUGUCUUUAAAUUCUGCAGAAUCCUGCUAAUUGCUCAUUUAUUCAAACCAGGUGUGUCAAAGCAGAAAAAAAACUUGGAAAAAAAAUGCAGAAUUACAGCCCUCAAGGACCAGGACUGGGCACAAGCUAACCACACACAUGGUCACUAAUGUUAUCAUUGUAUAGACGUUAUCAGUGCGUGGCUCGCCCUCUUUACAGACUCACAAAUCAGAAUCACAGGAGAUCUAUGAGKGAAAUACACUGGAGACGUUAUUGAACAAAAAUUAUAAGCAUGUUAGAAUUCCCAUGCACAGUACUUUGUGAUACAAGUGUAGCACCACCAAGUGGGGACCAUGGAGCAGUUGUCGCAGCCAUAAAUUUGCUGACCAGAAACUCAUAUAUUUUGUAAGGACCAGCUUCAGUGAACUGAGUAAUGACUCCGCUGUUUCUCAUCAGCUGUAAAAUAAGAAAUCUGGCAAUAAUGUUUUACAAAUAGCCAAUAAAUUAUAAGAACAUAACAAAGCUGCUGAAAUUCAUAGUCGAAAAAUGUUUAAAUAARGUGGUGGACCAAGGGGGUCCAAAGACAGAAGGGAAGAACCCAUCGCUUUGGUUGCCUAGUUUUAAAGUUUAUGAAUACAAAUCAGAAAUAGCUAUAAACAACAACUGUGUUUCAGGUGUAAAGAGAAAAACACAUCUUCUCUCAAACAAGAGCACUAUUGCCUGUCUGCAGUUUCUUAAAGAUCUGCCAUGGCUGACCUAUAGCCAUGUUCUGAUUGGAAGACUGGGAAUUUGAUUCCCAACUCCUUCAGUGUACCGACUUGCUUUUGGGCAAGACACUGUCCCCGCUGCCCAUCAAUCUGUUCGUUGCAGUAUGAGGUAGAAUUUAAUAGAAGUGUUGUAUAUAGCCUGUAAAAAUAUUUAAAUGAAAGCUCUGUAUGAGUGCUUUGCCUGAAUCUGGAGAUGUUAAAAAAACUGUAUAUAAUUCGUGGACCAUUUACCUUGUUAGUUAAAAAAAACACUUUUUUGUUUAAAUGAGGAUCACUGGGUUUAGAAGCUCAASAACAUGAAUGUCAUCGUUCGGGCCUGCAGGGUACUAUCUGGGUAYGGCUUGUUCUGAUUAUAAGUGUUGAUAAGUUCUCCGUCACACUGCCAGAGUUUAAAGGAAAAAGUUUGGACAUCCGAGUUUGAAUUCAGUCUCCAGAGAUGCUGAUGUUAAUCUCACAAUGUUAUAAAGAAACUCAAAGUACUUAUGUUAGGAAACCCAUCCAUCAAGACUAAUUUGUGGUACGUAAAGGCUCAGUUCUGAGCAAAGAUUGUGUUUUUUACACUUCCAUGUCAUUUUUGUCUUAUUUAGAAGUCGUAUAUGAUCAGGAUUCACAAAUACAUCAUUGUAUAUAAGAAUAAAAAAUUGAAUGUAUGAAUUUUCUCCAUGGUGAAGACUUCAAACUGGUUUAAAAAAACCAUCUCAGUUUAAACGUGUUUGUUUUGUUGUCUGACUCAGUAAGUCAGCGUCGGUCUCAAAGAUAUAACCGGCUGUGCUUCAACCUCAGCAUGAAGAUGUGAAAAACACAAUGUGUGCRCCCAUUGUAGGGCUGUCCCUGUAUCAUGUGUCGUGAAUGUAAUUUUGAGCWGUGUACCUAUUUUUCCCUACAUGGGGCUGAAGUGAAGCUGACUGAAUGUGAUACUGUCAAGAAAAUGGAAUGUAUAAUGUGAUAAACAGUUUUUAUAGUAAA